AUGCGCAUCCACGAAGACCUACGGUUGACAACCGCCGGCUACACCACACCAUCACACCCUCCCUCCCUGCCCCCAACACCACCGUCCCCCAACAACAUCGCACAUCAACACUCACCCAUCGCAAGCACUCAACUGCCGACCCCCACGCAUGUGGGAAGUGUGCAUCUCGACUCGGUCCCCAUGCGACUUCGGCUGCACGGGGGACUGGAGUCUGAGACUAUCCCGACACUUCAAGCGUCGUGGAUAGGAAGGCUGCUGAUUGACGUCCGCACUCGGUUCACGCAAUUCGUCGCGUUGUGUGUGUGUGUGUGUGUGUGUGUGUGUGUGUGUGUGUGUACGUCGCGACGGGUUCUCGUCGUCAAGGAGGCCAAAUUCGCCGUUACAAGGAUACUCUGAAGUCCUCCCUGAAGCGCCUGCAAAUCAACCCGACCAACUGGGAAGAGCUCGCUCGCGAUCGCCCGACAUGGAGGAGAACAGUGAAGACGGGCGCUGCUAUCUAUGAAGCCAACCGCAUCGCCGCCGCCAAAGCGAAACGCGAAGCCCGCAAAUCACAAGUUCGCCCAGUCCGCAACGCCGCCGCACAACCUCUCCCUACGUGUCCUCGAUGCCACCGGACAUUCCGGGCACGAAUCGGACUUGUUGGACAUCUUCGGAUCAACUGCACCUCUCGAACUGCUCCAGCCAUCGUCCCCCCACCCGCCUCUUCCUCCUCUCUUCCGCCAACUAACUCUGACACUCCUUCUGCAUCACCACUACCAUCCUCCUCCUUCUCCUCCACUGCCCCAGCGGCGGCCGUUCAGACUGCUGUCUCACACAUCACCAACACCAACACACCAACCGACAUCACCUCUCCCACCUCUCCCGAUACCACUGAUGAGGAUCAGGACCACACCUGCCCUCACUGCGACCGCACCUUCACCUCACACAUCGGCCUGGUCGGUCACUUGCGAAUCCAUCGCACAGAGACUGGCGAACCAGUGCCUGGAGCACCAACCUACACCCACCGCACUCGCCUCCACUGCCCACAAUGCCCUCGCACCUUCACUCAUCGCAUGGGUCUAUUCGGCCACAUGCGCAUCCACGAGAGCGGAAUUGACCGCAGCCUUGACACAUCCACCCCGCCGAGCCCCACUCCCAAUCCACCACCUUGUGCACCCACUAACCACUCCCCAGCCGACAUCGACGCCACCGACCUUACCACCCCUCACUCCUCCCCUUCCUCCUCCUCUUCCUCCUUCACUGCCACAACGACGGCCGCUUCGGCGUCUGUCGCCCACGACUUCACCGCAGCCGAACUUGACACAACAACCGGCACAAGCCCUGCAACCUCCAUCAUCAGACGUGAGGGCCAGGACUACAUCUGCCCUCACUGCGAUCGCACCUUCAGGCAUCGCAUGGGUUUAUUCGGCCACAUGCGCAUCCACGACGACCUGCGGUAG